CAGUUUAGAAAUGAUUCGCUUCAUCCUAAUCCAGAACAGAGCAGGAAAAACGCGGCUCGCAAAGUGGUACAUGCCGUUCGAAGACGACGAGAAACAGAAACUAAUCGAAGAAGUGCAUGCUCUGGUCACUGUCCGUGACGCCAAACACACGAACUUCGUCGAAUUCCGAAACUUCAAAGUCGUCUACAGACGCUACGCCGGACUCUACUUCUGUAUCUGCAUAGACAUUUACGACAACAGUUUGGCAUAUUUGGAGGCCAUUCAUAACUUCGUCGAAGUUCUCAACGAGUAUUUCCAUAACGUCUGUGAACUGGAUCUGGUAUUUAAUUUCUACAAAGUAUACGUAGUAGUCGAUGAGAUGUUCCUGUGUGGCGAGAUGAGGGAAACUAGUCAAGGAAAAGUCCUAAAACAGCUGCAGUUUCUGCAGACAUUAGAGUGAUGAUUCUCGAUGAUCGGUAUCUCGAUUAGUCAUUCAUUCAAUUCUAUUCCCGGUGUGAUUCAUAAUCUGUUUCAAAAAUCAGUGGCAAUUUCUAUGUAUAUCGGAAGCCUAUAAAUUAAUGAUGUAUUAUUUAUCAAUCUUUUAUUUUAAUGAAUACAUUGCCUGUUGCACCUGAAGAUGUAGUUUUGUAAUUUUGUAUCCCGCAAUUUAUGAUGUUUGCUUGCUGAGGUUCGAAUCGUUUAGUUUUGAUUGCUCUAAUGUAAUUUCAAACAUCGAAGGUAUUUUUUCUUACCAAAAUGAAGUUGAGCAAUAUUAUAGGACACAGAAAAAUGCAGGGUGAAUUGUUUGAGCCAAGAUAGAAAUAUUAUUUAACCAAAAGGUAAGGACCAGUUCUUGGGCAUUGAAACUGUUGAAAGCAUACCUAAGGCCAGUUCAAAGGUGAUGGUAUUUUUU